AUGGGGAGUACAACGAAACCCGAUAUGGAUCGUAUUGGUUUGUUUAAAGAAAUGGAAUAUGUUACGAUUAAAGAUCCAUUCAAAGAAGCAGCUCGGUUUAAUUUUAACGAAGCAGCAUAUAAACAGAAACAAAUGUUAAGUAGAGGAUCGAAAGAACGUUCGACAGGUUCGUUAGCUGGCUACUUUGAUAAAGAAUUUAAGAUAUUACCCGGAUCAUAUAUUGAUCCAAUAUCAAUGAGACGCAAGAUGCGUUUGAAAGAGAAAGAAAAAAAUAUCGUUAACAAACCAUUUGUCUCAAUGUAUAGAACGAGAAGUCCAGUCAGGGAUAUUGAUCCUACGAAACCAAAAUAUCGUGAAAAAUCAAAAUAUGAAUCAGAAAAAAUCAAUUUUAAAGUAAACCCAUCCAAAAAGGGAACAGGAUACGGUUAUCCGAAUUUGGGAAUUGAAAAAGAUCCACCGUACGCAUACAAAGAUAAAACAGACAAUUAUGAUGCACCGCUUGACGCUCAAAAGAAAGAAGCAGAAAGUCAUAAAACAGCAACAAAAGCUGGCGUUUUUAAGUUAAAUAUGCACCCAAAAGAAUAUUUUGAUAGAAAUCCAUUUCUUGAAGAUGGAAAAGUAAAAGGAGGUGGAGACAAAGAACGAUCGAAAUCAGCUCCAUCCGACACAAAACCGUUUAAACCGAGUUCUCCAGGAAAAAGCCUGGGUGGUAAUAAAGAUGGUUGUUUUUCAAAAUUUCCACUUCGAUCGGAAAAGGAUCCAUUUGUUAUUGGUACAAUCUAUUCUCAGGUUAAAAAUGAAGUGAACAAACAAGGCAAAACGUUUUAUCCAAAUAAAUUUCCUAAAUCUCGGCCUUCCGAGUCAACAAUAAGUAAAAAUGUUAAUUUACAGAUAAAUCGUCAAAAUUACAAAAAUAUGCAUAGCUAUUCGGCAUUUAACGUAUCGCCAACAAUGUCACAAAGAAUAGCUGUGUGA